AUUGAAGUCGAAAUAAUCGAGUCCCAGCGAAAAGCCCAUCAGCAUCUGCAGCUGGACUCUCCACUCCCCGUGUCUACAAGCCGAGCCUACUCCCUCCUCAGCAGCCUAACCAAUGAGUUUCACCAUAGCAAAAAAUGAAGGAGAGUGUGACGGGAGCGGAUUAAACAGGUGUAUUUAAGAGUAGACAGCAACUACAGGUUAUACUUUUGUGGAGAGUAGUGAGACCCUCCUUCUUUGUCAUAUAGGUAUUAAGAGUGUUUAAAAUAAGGAAGCACCAAAUCUGGCCAUCUUAAAUAAAUCUUUCCAGGGAUCUGAUCUAGACUCCUAAAAGCACAAAUGUCCUGUCUCUCAUCAUUACUGAGUCAAAAGAGCCUGUGUCCUGUGAUCCUGCCACAUCUUUACUGAGAUCCCUCCACCGACAACUGCAUUUUUCCAUCCCUUGGAGCUACACCGACAGCCUCACACCGCACUGCUUUGCUGGUUGGCAGCUCCUCUUGCCCUGAGCCAGGAUGAAUGACAUUCAGGAGGCCACCUCUCCAGCGACUAGCCUCAGUGGUCCAGCUACUUGCGUCACCAAAGUAGAGCUGCGCGUGUCUUGCAAAGCUCUGCUGGACCGAGACACGCUGAAUAAGUCAGACCCCUGUGUCAUACUGAUGGUACAGACCAAUGGACAGUGGACAGAGCUGGACAGGACAGAAGUGAUCAAGAGCAACUUGCACCCAGUCUUUGCCAAGGUUUUCACAUUAGACUACUACUUUGAGGAAGUUCAGAAACUGCGGUUUGAGGUCUACGACAUCCACGGCACUCACAGCAUUGGGACCCGUGACGAUGACUUCCUGGGUGGGGUGGAGUGCACUCUUGGUCAGAUUGUGGCCCAAAAGAGGAUGGUGAAGCCUUUGUUGCUGAAGUAUGGGAAAUACGCUGGCAAAUCCACCAUCACAGUGCAUGCUGAGGAAAUUUCUGGCAACAAUGGAUAUGUGGAGCUCUCUUUCUGUGCCAAGAAACUUGAUGAUAAGGAUCUCUUCAGCAAGUCAGACCCAUUUUUGGAAAUAUAUCGAAUAAAUGAUGAUGAAACCGAACAGCUUGUUCACAGAACUGAGGUAAUUAAAAACAACCUGAACCCUGUGUGGGAGCCUUUCAAAGUAUCUCUCAUAUCCCUGUGCAGUUGUGACGAGGACCGGAAGCUCAAGUGCCUAGUCUGGGAUUAUGACUCCAGGGGGAAGCAUGACUUCAUUGGCGAGUUCUAUGCCACAUUCAGGGAAAUGCAGAAAAUUUCCAGUGGAAAUCAGGUGAUGUGGGAUUGUGUUAAUCCUAAAUACAAACAGAAGAAGAGAAACUAUAAAAAUUCAGGAGUCGUCAUCCUCAGUGACCUUAAGCUCCACAGAGUGUACUCCUUCUUAGAUUACAUCAUGGGAGGAUGCCAGAUUCACUUUACGGUUGCCAUUGACUUCACCGCCUCCAAUGGAGACCCCAGGAACAGCUGCUCCUUGCACUACAUUAACCCUUACCAGCCCAACGAGUACCUGAAGGCGCUGAUAGCAGUGGGGGAGAUCUGUCAAGACUAUGAUAGUGACAAAAGAUUUUCUGCUUUGGGAUUUGGUGCCAGAAUCCCUCCAAAUUAUGAGGUGUCUCAUGAUUUUGCCAUUAAUUUCAACCCUAAGGAUGAUGAAUGUGAAGCGAUCCAAGGAGUGGUUGAGGCAUACCAGAACUGCCUUCCUAAGAUCCAACUGUAUGGCCCAACCAAUGUCUCUCCCAUCAUUAACAGGAUAGCCAAGCUGGUAGCAGGUGACGGCAACAUUAAAGAUGCUUCUCGAUACCACAUCUUGCUCAUCCUCACCGAUGGUGUAGUGACUGACAUGGCAGACACGCGUGAAGCCAUUGUGCGAGCCUCCUACCAGCCUCUUUCCAUAAUCAUUGUUGGUGUGGGCAAUGCAGACUUCACAGACAUGCAGAUUUUGGAUGGAGAUGAUGGAGUCCUACGGUCACCAAAGGGAGAGCCGGUCCUCCGGGACAUUGUGCAAUUUGUGCCCUUCAGAGACUUCAAAACGGCUUCACCUGCAGCCCUGGCCAAAUGUGUUCUGGCAGAGGUGCCCAAACAAGUAGUGGAGUACUUCAGCCAUAAGGCCAUCUCCCCAAUAUGUCCAGUGAGGGACUCACCCAUGCCCAUCCUCAGCCCAGUCGCCACCACCCCAACAGAAUAAACGUCUGCCCUGUUCCGGGGAUCGAGCUUUGACCACAGCAACAGUCUGGCAAACUUAGAGGGAGAGAGGACACAUGCCUCACUACUGUGGAAAAGAACUGAGGAGAAAAUCUUUCUAAAUGUGUUGUUAAUCAUUUGUUUCAUUUUUUGCUAAUAGCAGAGUGUUCUCACAAGGACAGUACAAUGGAGACAGUGGGCUAUAUUUCUCUGCUCAUUGUGGAGCCAUCACUUCUCCCCGGCUGUGCAAAUUGACCAUCCAGCUGAUUCAGCAUCAUUAGUCCUGAACAAUUUUGCUAUACUGUGUGUGUUUGGCACUUAGCAGGUAGGCACUGCCAAAUCAUUCUACUCUUUGUAAAAUAAUUGGCUACAAAUAACAAUAAUUAGCUCAUUCCUGAAUAAUUAGGCCGUCUUAAAUACCAGCCGAGGAAACAGCAGCAAUGGAAAUAUUUUUGUUUAGUUCUGAUGUGCCUCCACCUUGUCCAUGUGUAAAAAUGCAAGUGGCACAAACUUCACCAAGCUGUGAUAUUUGCUAUAGCUCAAGCUUUUUGUAUGCUUUCACAGUUACAGCAGGGAGCUAACAAGUCACAGCAAGACAAAGGAUACAGUCAGGUCAUGAGUUUGCAGAUUGAACUGGAUGUGUUUGGGUUGCUGUGCAGUCACAAAAGGUUGCUAAGGGCUGCCUUUUCUGAGAUUAGCUGUAAACAAAGCCAAACUAACAUUUUUUUUUUCCCAGAGAAGAAUGUUUGCACCCCAGUUUUAGUCUUUUGUUAAGAGAAAUUGGUGUCAAUUAUGAAAAUCAUGCUUCAUUUCAGGUUGUUUCCCUCUGCUGUUCAUUACUGUUGUCAUCCCUAAGUCAACUGUGCUGCAGGGAACAUUCGUCAUGUUCCUGCUGUAAAUUUAUUUCUGCUUCUUUUUAAAAACACGCCAUAGUGUUCAUAAUGCCAACUGUGGGAUAUGUUAUAGCAGUUACAUUUGCAGUUUAUCACUAUAUUAAUAAUCUCAAAAAAUAUUAUUACCAAGUUUCCUGAGUGACUACUAAAACAUUUCUUCUCAUAGAGUUUUUAUUCAAGGUUUGCUCAUCAGUACAUGGUGGCAUCUCAAGAACAAAUUGUUCUGUGAAUCUUUUCUGUUUAUGUCCAGCUGCUCAAUAGAUCACCGCUGUUUACUGCCUAGGCUGCCUUUAAUUUUCUGCUGUUUUAUCAAGCUUUACAAUAUUCAUCAUAUUCAAAAUCUUCACUUUCAUUUACCUUGGCAGAACAGCAUCAGAUUGUCAUCACAGUGUAGCCUGUAACAAACCAGAAAAAGAAACAUGGUAAUGCUACAGAUAAAGAUCAAGAAUAUCUCACUGAAACUGACUCUUUAAAGCAGCAAAAGCUAUUUGCUGUUGGAGAUGCUGUUUUUCAUUGUAAAUACCCAUCUGUAUACUAGGACCUAAAAGUAAACACACUAAAUAGACCUAAAGUUUUCAGUUUUCAAAAGGCAUCCUCCUUAACUGUGAAUGAGGAACCUUCACCACCCCAAAACAAAAUGAAGCUUGCAAAUAUUUCCAAAGGACAGAUGAUUUCACCUCAGAAGUAAGUGACUAAACAGCUUUUCCUUCAUCAUAAAGAGCAAAAAAUUCACAGUUUUUUAAAAAUAAAUAUGAAUCCCAUAGUCUCUUUCAAAGCUUAACAAAUUAACUGCAUGUAUCAUUUUCUUGACUUUCCCUCCCUUUUUGAUUACAGUACAUAUGUAAACUAAUAUUCCACAGAAGUACAAACUUGUUGGGUCCAAAGAAAGCACAGUAUCCCCUAAAAGCAGAACAUUCAAUGACUAAAGCUCAAAAAAAUGUUUGUACACACCAGAGGGUUGACUGAAGAGCAACAGCAACAAAAAUGCUCCACUGUUUUCAAGUCUUACUGUUCAUCAUAGGGUAUAAACACUAAUAUUGUAUGGUUUGGGUGAAUAGUUCUUUAUUUGCUGUUUGUUCUAGUAAUGACUAUACUUUCUAUAUCUGCUUAGUGUUUUUGCAUUUAUCUUAAAUGGUGUAUUUGCACUGAAUGACUGACUGGUGACUAAUUUGCUUGGCCAGAAACUAAGCCGUCACUGCCGCUGUAGGAAGAAUAUUUAGUUUCCACACACACAUCCACCCUCAAGCUACAAAUAUUAAUCUAUAUUAAUUUGCCACCUAGAGCUACACUAUCUUUCCCCAGAUAUACCGUAGUUCGACUUCUUAUGAAUGCACCUAAACACAGCUACUUUGAAGAUCAUAAAUACUGAGAAUCACAGUGGAUCACAGGAUGAGGCCUAUUGAUUCAGCAGGCCUAGAUUUGGAACUAUACUGAUUUAUAAUUGGAUGAAAUCCAAGUCACUUUGGUCUCACAAGUGAAGCUUAGCUCUGUGUGAGUAAUUUGCAACAGGGGAGAAAUAAAUGCAAAAUUUAGGAAAUCCUCUGCUGGAUAAAAAGCAUUUGUCAGUAUAGCUUUUUUAUGAGAAACCAUCUUUCCUGUAUGAUUAAUUCUUUGUUUAUAUUAACACAUCUCAGUACAGUCUUUUUAUUUUUAUACAUUCCAGAUUGUCAAAAGAAUUUUCAAACAGAGCAAUGAAGUCACUGGGAGGGUUAUAGCAGUAUUCUUUAGUUGCAGCAAGGAGACAAGUCAGCAUGAGCAUACAGAGUUGUCUGAGUGAGGUAGGUUCAUACAACAUGAUAUAUAGUAAACAGGCGCACCCUGAUAACAUGACUUAGAGACUAAUCAUACUGGGACACAUGCUUAUCCUACAGUUGACGGUUGUGUCUCACUUCGUCUGGAACAGUCUGUAUAUCACAGUUAAGAGAGUUUCACAUGAAAGAUGGAAAACGUCCUUCAGGCCUAUACACAGCCAGUUUCUCACAUGGCUCUGUUCUGAAAGUUUAAAACACAUUAAAUAGUAAAAAUCAUGUCUAAUAACAGAAUUUUUAUAACACAUAUUCUUCACUUGUACAAAGUGCAAUGUGUCAUUCUAAGGAUUCCACUUCUUAAAACAUUUACAGCACAAAAAGUUUGACCAAAAAGUUACCGUCAUUAGAUAAUUAGCAGCUCGAAAAAAGUAAGUUUUGAAAGCUUGUAUGUAUGAAAGCAGUUUGUUGCUUUCUCAUAAACCUACUUAUUCUGACUAAACAAGGCAGGGACUAUAGAUGUUAAUUAAUUUUUCUGUCCUCUGAGGGCAAACUAACACACAUACCUAACCGAGAUUGGCGCUUCAGUGUGAUUUGUGCCUUAUAUGGCAAUUUGCCCUUUGUCCCCUGUUACCUGUAUCACCUUAUUGCUACGUUGCCUCAGGUUAUGAGCUGCACCAGCUCAAAUGGUUCAUUCCACAGUACUCUUAGCAUGUUUUCUGAGAUGUGAUUUUACAAUUGAUAGAUGACUGACCUCAAAACAUGUACAUUUUUAAAUUGGUUUUAUUAUCAAAUAAGUCAUACAGAAUAAAUGGUUUUUUUUUCAGUUUAAACACCAAUACAGUGAGCCAUGCAAUGUUUCAUGCUUUUCGGGGGUUACCUGAAUUACAAAAUGUAUUAGAUGUCUUAUGGUAAUACAUGUUAAACAGUGAUGCAUAGGUGUUUUCCAGUGGCUAUUCCUCACAAGAUUUGUUCCAAACAAAUUCCUCUUCAGACCUUUUUGAAAAUUAUUUUUUAAUAAUGAACUUUUUCAGUUGCGUAUGAAAAACUAAAAUAUUCCAAGAAUAUCGUGUGUAUGUGUGUCAGAGCUAGAUUAGCUGAAUCCAAGUGCGCAGCCAUGUGGUGUCAUUUUAAAUACUAUGUUUUUGUCUUAACAGUAACCCAUCAUUUGUGCCACAGUGGUGCAAACAACAAUACAAUGAAACACUGAAGACUAUGUGGCCAUCUUGCACUUUGGAUUAAAAAAUGCUGGGAAGGAUCCAGUGAGCCGCUGAUAUCCCCUUAUCUAGACAUGCACCAUUGUCAGACAAAAUUAACAAGUCACAGGUUUUAAACUACACUGACAUAUUUGAAAUUUCCAACCUGCACUCGUGUUCUCUUUUUCAUCUGUCCACUUUUAAUCAAGGCAAGGUUUACAGCCCAUAACCCUAAUAUGCAACUGGUAUAACUGCAGAUCAUGUGGGUGAGAAGCAACCCAUGCAUCACUGAUUAGUUUGAUUUCUUCAAAAAGAAGAAGGGGAUUUAUUGCAUGCUUACAUUUAUUGUUAAGCUAUGCUGUGCAGUCAUUCCUUUGGAUUAUAUGAUAUGCUAAUAUGCAAGCCUGCAUUUGCACAAACCUUUGUUCUUGUAGUUGAUGCUCUCUGUCUUGCAGUUAGG